UUCGGGGGGUUUUCGGGGCAGAGGGUGGGGUGGGGGGCUUCUCGUUCUGGUGAUCCUAACGGCAGGUCUCCAGUCGCAGGGCUGGCCCCCGGGGACGUGGACGGCAGCGUGGUUCAGUUUGCUAACAUGAUUAGGCUGAAGACGGGUAAGAGCCCGCUGGAUUACAACCGCUACGGCUGCUACUGCGGCUUGAGGGGAGCCAAGCAACCUCUGGAUGCGACGGACUGGUGCUGCCAUGCCCACGACUGCUGCUACAGCAGGCUGAAGUCGUCGUCCCCGGGCUGUCAUCCCAUCCUGGUCCCUUACAAAUACUCUGUCCAGGGAGGCGUCAUAGUCUGCGGAGCUGGGAGUAGCUGCCAAAAAACAGCCUGCGAGUGCGACAAGGCAGCAGCGGAGUGCUUCAAGAGGAACCUCAGGAGCUACAACAAAAGCUACGACAAUUACCCGAACUUUCGGUGCAGGGGCUCAAGUCCCCGCUGCUAGAGAAGCCAGCCUUGAAAUUGGACGGAAAUGCUCCAAAUUGAGUUUUUUUUUUUUUUCUCCUGCAGCGAGAUGGAGUAAGGCACAGCUCUGGCCCCACUGCACCAAAAUGUCAUUCGGAGGCCAGACCCUGAACCUGCGCACAAGGAAAGCCCACCCACUCCUUGUGAUUCAAGGAAUCGUGAAGAAAAAAAAAAAAAAAAAAAAGAUUUCAAAUAAAAAUAAGUUUUAAAGCCAA